AUGGGUAAUACUGUUUAACAUAAAAGAAGAAAUCCAGCAAAUUGUUUAGGUUGUAUGGGAUAAGAAAAUGAAGGAUUUGAUUUAAAUGAACUUCAAAUCGGACUUGAUGUAGAUAAAGCUAGAGGUUUUUUUUUAUAAAGCUAUUGUUAUUUUAGGAAGAAUUACCUAACAAUCUACAGCUUACUUGACUGAAAAUGAGAAAAACUUUUUUAAAGCAGCUUCAGGUAGAAAUUUAGGUUUAAUUCGUUUUUACUUAAGCAAAGGAAUCAAUAUAAAUAUUUUAGAUGAGGAUAGAACAUCACCAUUGUAAAAAAUAUUAAGAUUAUUAUUUUUAUAGACAUAUAGCUUGUAGAUAUGGUUCAAUAUAAGUAGUUGAAGAACUCAUAAAUAAUAAUGCUAAUUUAGAUAUAACAGAUAUGGCUGGUUGGACUCGUAUAUAUAUAUUUAUCAAUUAUUUUUAAGCAUUACAUGUUGCAGCAUUUUAUUAGAGAGCUUAAGUAUGUUAAUUGUUAUUGAAAUCAGGAGCUGAUUUUAGAACUAGAAAUCGUGAUGGUAAUCUUGCUUAAGAUUUGGUAAGAGAUAAAAUGACAUCUGAAAUAUUCAAAUAAUCAUAAGAUCAUUUAUAAAAUUAUAGUGAAAGAUAAACUAAAAAAUAUGAUCCAGCAUAACGUUAAUAUGAAGAAUAUUUCUAAUUACUUAAAUUAAAAAGAUAGUAAAUAUAAAUCUAAAUAUUUAGGAAAAAUAAUGAAUGUAGCAGUUUCUGCGAAAAAAUAUCAUAAAGUAAAUUGAUAAGUCCUAAUUCAACACCUAAAAAGUCUAAAUUAAAUGAAAAAGAAAAUGUUGGUUUACAAGAAUCUCUAUCUAAAUCUAAUAUCUCAGAAUAUGAAUAUAAAGAGAUUAUUGAAUUUAAUAAAGAACUUGGAUCUAAAAUUAAUAGAAAUCUUAUUUCCCCAUGUAAUUCUAUUCCUCGAUUCUUCGAUGAUAUGGUAUCUAAUACAUAUUAUUUUUAAGUUUUCACUUAAUCAAUUAGUAUUAUGGUAAAAUGCAUCCAAAGAAAGAGUUAUGUUUGUUGAUUAAGUUAAGUUCAUCAAACAUGAUUAUAACACUGAAAAUCUUGCUAUUGAUUUAUUUAAUCAUUCAUGCUUUAUGGGAUUAUCUUAUAUGAUUGCUACUUCAAUUAUUAAACCUACUCCUUAAUCGAUAAUCACGUGGCUAUUUUCAAAUAUUGAAUAAAAAAGUAAAAUAUAAAUAUUCAAGUAUAUUUCAUUUUUAUCAUAUUCUUAGAUUGCUAACUAAUUUGAAUCUUUAAGAACAAUCACUCAUUCUUAAAUUAUUUGUAGAUAAAGUUGCUAAUCAUUCAAAUUUAAUCAAUUCUUUACAUUGUUUAUUUAAUAAAUUAUAAGUUCAAAAUGAUCCAUAUUUACUUGAUAUUUUAGUUAAGGAAUUCAGCAGAAGAUAUUAUGAAUUGAAUUUUAAUUCUAAAAGUUAAUCUUUUCCAUUUAAAUCUGAAGAUUCAUUACAUAUGUUUUGUUUUGCCUUAGUAAUUCUUGAUAUUGAAAGUACUAAAUAUGAUAAAGAAAAUGCGUUCAAAAGUUUCUUUUAAAAUAUACAAACUAUCAAUAAUGGCGAUAAUUUUAAUUCUAAAUUCAUUUCUGAAAUAAUUGAAUAAUUAUAAUCCAAACCUAUUGUUAAUUUAGUUGAUUAAUCUAUUGAAGAAUAAUUAAGUACUAAAUUAAGUACUUAUGCCAAUCCUGUAAGUUUGACUAAAUAAAAAUAAGUAUUAUUUAAAAAUUUUAGUAGACUCAUAAUGUAAAUUGGAAAUUAUAUUUAAUUGGUGAUGCCUACUUACUAACUUCUGAUGGAUAUUUAAAGAUAUUUGAAUAAUCUAAUAGUUAAAUAUAAAAAAUAAAUAAUGAAAUACAUAUAACAGGAAAGUAGAAUUAAUAAUUGUUAUAUGUGAUUUGUAAAGAUGAGCAAACUUUUAUAUUUAAGUAGAGAAACAUGAAGUUUAAACUAACUAAUCUAAAUGAUACUUUUUGA